AUGUCACCUAAAAGUACGCUUAGCGUCACUCACCUGCUGACACUCCAGUCUCCAGUCUCCAAGAGAUCGCUCCGCAGGCGUCCCCGUCUUCGGUCGGUGGUGGUAUGCCAGUGGUUGCCAUGUUGUAUGUAUUUAUGUGUGUUCAGGCUGCUAGUACGCUGGCGCACGGGCGUCGUUCCCACGUCGACGCAGAACGCUGCCGCAUUGUGUUCUAUACGUCUAUACGUAUGCGCGGAAGAAGUUCUUGCUUGCCUUAACCCUCCCCCCCCGACAUACCACUUCCCCACCCCUCCACGAUCCGAGCUAAGCCCAAUAUUCAGCACGAUCAGCAUAGAAUUAAAACACCGCUACGGAAAAUAA